AUGCAGCCAAUCUUAGCAUUGAGUUUCCUCCUCCCACUGCUCGCGCAAGCAAGCCCUGUCAACACUCACAAGGUUUGCACUGAGCACACGCUCAGUGUGGAUGUGACGACGAACAAUCUCAAAUGGAAUUUUCCCGCCCUCAAAACCGAGGAUGAUAUUGCAGCCCUCAACACCUACAUGGGUCGGCGAGAUGCCAAGUCUUUACCUCCGUUGCUACUUCCAUCCGAGGAACCUCUUACGAACGCUACCUACACAAUCUCUGGCACGCUAUGCAAGCCCGCGAAGGGAGCGUCCGAUACGCUGCUUAUAGCUACACACGGUGGUGGGUAUAACAGAGCUCACUGGCAUCCCGCCAUCAAGCCUGAGCAGUACAGCUUCGUGGACUUCGCUCUAAACAAAGGCUACUCCAUCUUCUACUAUGAUCGAGUGUCGACAGGUAAAUCACAGGUCGUGCCGGGAAUCUUUGCGUCCGUCUACAAUCAGGCCCACAUCCUCGCAGGGAUAAUCAAGCAGGUCAAAGGGGCGAUCAACCCGGAGCUUACUGAUGCUGCCGUCCUCACUGGUGUCAGCUACUAUGGCCUGGACAGUGCGGCAACGAUGCAGUCCAAACAGAGUCGGAUUGCAAACCUAGUGAAUCCGAAGAAAUGGGGCCACUUGGAUUCGUUCUAUACAUCUUGGGUCGACAAGUGGUCUAAUGCAGAAGCGUUCUUCAAGUUUCCAUACUACGAGCCAGAUGUUCUUCAAUACGCAGAAGACACGAAAGAGCCGGCCAGCUUCGUUGAGACGCUGUCGGUGCGUAACUCGAACUUCUCUUCUCCCGGGUUCACCGGGCCGGUUUUAGUGCUAGAUGGACAGUGCGACUUCGUCGCGUGUGGCGGCCUGUGUCCUGGCGCUUUCGAGAAUGGGACAGAAAAGAUCUUCCCUAACGCGAAGAAGGUCGUCACCUACUCGCACCCCAAUUCCGGACACAGUUUCAAUCUGGCGCCGAAUGCUACCGCGGCUUUCGAGGUCAUCACCGACUUCUUGCAAGACAACGGCUUCUAG